AUGUGGAUCCCCAUUCUAGUCUAUUUCUGUAUUUUGACAGGUCUUGUUGAACCUCGUGAACUGAUGCUCAGAAGAGCAUGUCAAACGGAUCCAACAUUCUCCUUCUGUCGCAAUCACAUGAAAACGGCUGAAAUAAGAACUGAGUCUCAAAAGAAGCGAGAUGUGUUCCUUCAAUGGGCAUUUGUCGCAGCGAAAGAUGAACAAGACAUCGAAGACGUGGAUGAGCUUGAAACGACUAGAAAGACUGCUUACAGUAUCCCAGAUUAUUGUACCAAGUAUGCAGCGAACUUCAAAACUUAUUGCACUAAUGGCCAUCUCGAGAAGUUGGAAGGUCUACUGACCCAUUUUUGUGGAAGCUACAUGAAAAACUGCAAUGUCGCAGGAAAAGUAGAAAAAGUCACAGAGACUGGAAAAACAGAAGAAGUGUUCCCAACUCCAACACCAUUCUACUCAACUACCGUUGGUCCUGCACCGAAAACCACCUAUUGUGAUGGGAACGCUCAAAAAUUCAAGAAAGAAUGCGAGAAAGAAGGUUUCACGCCAGAUCGUUUCUGCCGAAAGUAUAGAGAGCUUUGUGGGAAAUUGGAGAAAGUUGAUGCGGAUACAACGAAAAGUGUCGAUGAUGAUUUAGACUCUUUAGAAACACCAGAUGAGUUUGAGGAGCAUGAAAAACAAGACAUUGCCGUUACUCCGAAACCAGAAGAAGUAGAAGGACAAGGAGCAGGAACUGAUGAAGUGACGGCCUACUGUAUAAACUAUAACGAGAACUUUAAUUACUUUUGUGUUGGUGACAUGGCUCCAGAACACGAGAAGUUCUGUAAUUCGUACAGAAAGAACUGUCCGGAUCGCGUUUCACUGAAACAGUCCGGAUCGUUCCUGGGAAACGAAGGUGGAAGUGAAAGGUCUCAAGAAGGAGCUUCCUCAUCUUCAGAUGACAAAACCUAUUUAUACAAAGGAUCAAAGAAAGAGUAUUGUGAGAAGUUCAGUGUCAACUAUGAGUACUAUUGCAAAGGGCCCAUUGAAAAUGCUGAGAUAUUCACAAAGUUCUGCCCGUCCUAUAAAAAAGCGUGUGUCAAAAAUCAGGCUCCAGCCAACCCAUUCUCCGCUUCUAAAGGUCAAAUAAAAGUAUCCAGCGGAGGAGAUUCAGAUUUUCCAGAUGUAGACCAUCCAAAAGAGGGAAGAUCAAAAUCAUCAAGAAGGCGCUCCAGGAAACUCAAAAAACGACCGUGUUCCGCGGAUUGUGACGAAAGAAUAUUCCCACACUGCACAAAAGAAUGUAAAUGUGACUAUGAUUAUCCAGCUGUUCAAAAGUUCUGUAAUCCUCCGCCACUUCCAAUGUUUUUGAAUACAUGCCGCUUAUGGUAUUACGGAUGUCCGAAAUACGAGCAAUACCAUUACGCAUCUCAAUUCAUCUACUCGAAAGCAGAGAAAGGAAAAGUUUUGGAAGGUCCGAAGACUCAAACUACAUUCCAAUUAUUGGCUCCGUCUGGGGAAACUCUACCGUAUAAACCUGCGAGAUUUAAAAGGGAGACUGAUAUGGUAUUGUGGCCGAAAGAGCCGGAAAUUGAGAGUAUGGAUAAUAAUAAUAAUAAUCCUAUCAUGGGAAAUGCGACUGUGGAUUUUUCGAUGGACGAAAAAGCAGUGGAAGAUGGGGAUAAGAUGGUGCAGUUGAAAAAUGGGACAACGAUUCACCUUGUAGCAGCACCGCCUCUUCCAAAACAAAAUAAAGCAAAAGACCAAGUCUUGAAAGACUCCAAACCUGCUGUUCCAAAUCUUCCACGAAUCAAAAAGACAACUGGUGGAGAAGCUGUUCCAGUUUACUCAGACAGUGUAUUUUCCAACGCCCUGGCUCAAUACAAUUCUCUAACGGACUCCCGUGGAAUUCUUCAUCGUCCUCGCAGUAGAUCUCCUUUCACGAAACCGGGUCUCUGGGAGCCGAAUCCAGAUGAUCCACACAACAGAGAUCAUGCGAAUAAGUACUACUACCGACCGGAAUCAGUGAACGUUGAUUGGCUUCAAGGACAAAUUGCGUAUGGUGCACAUUGGGCUGUGCCGGCUGCAGGAGUUGGAGGCACUGAUGGAUUCAGUGCUAUUCAUUUCCCGUCUCUUGGAACAUUCCUCAAUAUUCCAGAUGAUUAUGAUUAG